AUGGAUCACGAUCACAAGGACCAGCCAACAGUUAUCAAUGAAGAACACAAUUUCAUGUACUACAGUCAGCCAAAAGUCUUUGCUAAAAUCAUUCAAAACAGAAUGGCAAUCUUUGGCACCUGGGCUCUUAUUGGGUACCUCGGCCACUUCUUCUGUAUAAUCAUAGGAUUGAAUCUUUAUUCGGACAAUGAUCGUUUACUUGCAUGCAAUUACCCCAAAGGAGAUCACCGUAAUAGCUCAGUAUAUGACACAUCACUGAUCUUAGUGCUUGCAUACCAUUUGAUUGAGUGGAUUAGAGUUAUUAUGUUCGCAGUUACAAUCUUACUCGGAUCAAACUUCAUUCCAAUCUGGUAUGGGACAAGCUUGAACACAGUAUUCGGAAUUAUUGCAUACAUCUACGUGCAUGUGCAAAGAUUUAACGAAGACGGAAAAAGAUGUGCUGACUCGCAGAGAGGCAGAGCCGAGUUCCUCCUUGCUGAAGUUAUCAUUUUCUGGUUGACCUUCUUCUUCACCUCAUUCCCUCACUUUUUCCUGUUCAUCAUGAAGAAAGAGAACAUUGAAGAAGCAUUAAAAAAGAAACUCAGUGAGGAAGAAGAAGAGCAUUGA